AUGGCUAGUCCAAGCAAGAGAUUUCGCACAAUUGAGCAUCACUUAAGACUUAAGGACCCAAUGGUAGUCUGUGUAACCGGAGCUGCUGGACAAAUUGCUUAUUCUUUACUCCCUAUGCUCGGACGUGGACUUGCCCUUGGCACAGAUCAGCUUAUUGAUUUAAGACUUCUUGAAAUUCCUCAAGCACAAGGAGCUUUAGAAGGUGUCGUCAUGGAAUUGCAAGACUGCGCCUAUCCUUUAUUUUAUAAGAUUUCCUAUGGAUCUGACCCUGCAGUCCUUUUCAAAGAUGCAGACUUGAUCAUAUUUUUAGGAGGAUUUCCAAGAAAAGCAGGUAUGGAACGUAAAGAACUGAUCGGAAAGAAUUGCCAAAUUUUCAAGACACAAGGGGAAGCCUUAAAUCUAGUUGGAAAACCUACAACAAAAUGCUUAGUCGUUGCAAAUCCUGCAAAUACUAAUUGCUUGGCACUUUCUACUUUUGCUUCAAGGAUUCCUAAAGAAAAUUUCACUGCCCUGACUAGACUUGACCAAAACAGAGCAGUUUGGCAAAUUGCUGCAAGAGCAAAAAUGAACGUUGCCCACAUUUCAAGAGUGAUUAUCUGGGGAAACCACAGUUCUACUCAAUACCCAGACGUUAAUCAUGGUCAAAUUGCUACAAAAGUUGACGAGACUAUCACUAGCAAGCCAAUUAGAGAAAAAAUCGCUGACAAUAAUUGGUUAAAUGGAAAAUUUAUUGCUGAUGUCCAACAGAGGGGUGCUGCUGUAAUAAAAGCAAGAAAGCUAUCAAGCGCAAUGUCAGCUGCAAGUGCUGCAAUUGAUCACGUAAGAGAUUGGUGCUUAGGAACUAACGGCAGAUGGGUCAGCAUGGGUGUUGUCAGUGAUGGAGCUUACGGGGUGCCGCCUGGCCUUGUAUUUUCAUACCCAGUUGUAUGUGAAAACUGGACCUGGACCAUCAUCAGAGACUUAACACUCGACCAAUUUUCGCAAGAAAAAAUUUGUGCCACUGCUAGAGAGCUAGUUGAAGAAAGAAGAGACGCCCUUAGUUAA